AUGUAUGCUGAUCUAGUGGAGGCUCAGGCUAAUAGGUCAAUCAAGGAGCGUAUGAGCGGCAAUUCGACCGCCGGUUCCAGUCGGCGGAGGCCCACCUCCGGCAAGAGACAGAGAGAAGAUGAUGACAAAUGGGAGCAUGAUCUUUUCGAGGGCAACGGGCCUCAACUGUCAAAUCCCCGAAUUGGUGUAAAAGAUCUUCGUCUGAAGCUUCAAAGGAAAAGCGUGGAGCAAGCUAUACAAAAUACUAGGGCAUCUGCUUUCAGUGGUGCAAGAGAUUUACGUGAGAAGCUCUCUGGGAACCUCUAUUCUCAUCCUAUUGAUUCUCAGCCUCCGUCAUUGAUACCAAAGCUUGUACCUGACGUCAAUAAACCUCAUCGGAAUACUAUUGCUGCCAUUAGUGAGAUCCCGGCUCGAGAAACAAAGAAGAUCUCUGGCUUGGGAUCAAAGAAAAAGACUCAACAGAAAGUUGAGAGGGUGGAUAGUUUCUUGCAGUCCCUGGGUCUCGAGAAAUAUUCAGUAACAUUUCAGGCUGAAGAGGUUGAUAUGACAGCCCUAGUACACAUGGGUGAGGAAGAUCUCAAGACCAUGGGAAUACCAAUGGGUCCGAGGAAGAAGAUACUUCUGGCACUGGAAUCUAAAGUCUGA